AUGGAGCUGUCAGCGAUCGGCGAGCAAGUGUUCGCCGUGGAAUCCAUCAUGAAGAAGAGAGUUCGCAAGGGCAACGUGGAGUACCUGUUGAAAUGGAAAGGAUGGCCUCCAAAGUACAGCACAUGGGAACCUGAAGAACACAUUCUGGACCAGCGUUUAGUCCAAGCCUAUGAAGAGAAGGAGCAAAGAGACAGAAGUUUGGGUCACAGGAGGAAACGUUCAAAGACCAAAAGACUACUUAUGCAGAACACAGUCUAUACCAUGGAUCUCCGCAGCGCUCACAAGACUACAGACGUGCCCAAACCACGAUUACGUCUCUCCCUGACACGCUCGCUACUCCCAGAGGAAGAAGAAGAAGAGGAAGAAGAAGAAGAAGAGGACGAUGACGAUGAAGAAGAGGACCGGUCGUACAUUGCCUGGAGGAGGGCGUCCCGGUACGACGAGCGGCGCAAACGGAGCGGAUGCCUCAACACGAGGCUGGCGCAGGAGCGUUGGAAAAGGCUGACAGUGGAAGAAGAAGUUGAAGAGCACACUGGAGAAGAAGUGGAGGAGAGCGAGGAAGAGACUACAGAGAAGAGCUCAGGACAGUUGAAGUCUGCAAAAUGGAUCCCCGUGUCGGCAGAGACCCCCGACGCGACAUGGAGGCCCGCCGUCGGCCCGGCGGAGGUGACGGUCACCGACGUCACCAUCAACGCUCUCACCGUGACCUUCCGAGAGGCGCGCGCGGCUCGAGGGUUCUUCCGGGAAUUGGGGCUGGAGGUGUGA